AUGGGCUCGAACGGGAAGGCGAACGCGACUGAGAUCGAAGAAGCUAUUGAUUCCGGUAAUCAUCCUUCAGGGGUGCGACGACUCGUAUUCGCUACGGCUGUCCGAACAGUCACUGAAACGGCACACCCAUUCCCAAGCUAUCUACGUCACUUAUUCCAAGAAAAGGCAGCACAACGCGUUCACCGCCACCCGUGGAUGACCGAGUUUAAUCGAGACUAUGCUGACCUUGCUGGGGUGACGAAGAAGUAUCCGGUUCGGUUGUUCGACUGUUCCAGUAUACCCACAAGUUUGUUCAACGAGAAUCACGACGCUUGCCUAAUCGAUCUAUACUUCUACGAACGAUUUAUCAAGUCAAGGGGUGUGGAAAACCAACGUUGGUCUCCUGAAAAACAUCUCGCUACAUGGAAUCGAUUUGUAGAGAAGUUCCCUCGGUGUCCAGAAGACUGGUUGUGUCGGCUUCGCAGCAAUGAGGUGAUCUUCUUCAAGAACAAUGGAAAAGUUGCUGUCAUGAUCAAGAUUCAUUGCGAAUAUGGAAUUACCGUGCGCUGUCAUUGA